CAGAAAGGACAGAAAGAUUUGUUUUUGCUGACGACUUACAUGGACGAACUGAGGAUUAACAACUAGACAAGCGUUCCAAACCAGAAUGCUCUUUACAGGCACCCAGUUCUUAGUGAUUAGCCAAGUUUUUACAGCGGCAACAUUGUACCAAGUCAUCAACUUUUACCAAAACUGGAAGGACACGAGUGCCUGGCAGGCUGCAUUCAGGGGGCUAGUGGUAUUCCUCACGGGUGCCGGAGGUCUUGUCACCUAUGACAUAUACAGGAAACGACCCGCUAAAAGCCACACGUGGAGGACGGUGUUACUACAGUACACUCUUACACAAAUAUUCCGAGUGUUUGGGUAUUUUUCUCUCAGGAAUUUCGAGACAGCAAGCAAGAACAUCAGCAAAAUGCAAGAAGAUGUGUUAAUGUUUUACAUUCGCACACUGGAAAAUACGGAGUUUGGCAAGAAACACAAUUAUUCUCAGAUGCGGACGAGGGAAGAUUUUUUGAAACUGCACCCAGUUUUGUCUUAUGCCGACCUUAAACCUUACAUUGACAAAACUGUAGCGGGCGAGAAAAACCAAAUCACUCCAUUUGAUCCAUUUUACAUCGCCUUUACUUCAGGGACAACCGGUAAAAACAAAGCGUUCGUAUAUACAAAGGAGAUGUUUGCCAAACCAUCAAAGAUGUUUAAAGCUCUUCUCUUUAUGACUUUAAGCUUUAAGAGAGCUGGGCUAUGGGAUGGCCUUAAACGCUAUCACCUGGUCAGAAUAGGAGUCAAGACAAAUUUUACAGACAGUGGCAUAAUAACUGGUCCUAUAGCCGGGAUGUAUGAAUUCUUUCCAGGUUAUUUGGUUUCACCACGUGUGGUGUAUGACGUCGCUACCGAAAACGAGGCCCAUUAUUUACAUGUUCUCUUCGCCCUAAAAGAUCCUGAAAUUGGGGCCUUCGACUUCUCUUUCCCGUCUGUUGCUACCCGGUUUUGUCAAACUUUGGAACACCAGUGGCCACAGCUAUGUGACGAUAUAGAAAACGGUACCCUGAACACAGACUUGGACAUACCCGAGGACAUUAGGGAAAAGUUGCAGACCGAUAUGAGGGCGGAUCCCCAAAGAGCUGUUGAAGUUCGACAGAUCAUAAGGCGGGGCUUUGAUGGAAUUGUGCGCCGUUUAUGGCCAGAAUGUAACGCAGCUCUUAUGUUGAGUUCGGGCUCUCUUCUUCCUGAGGCCGAAGGAUUGAAGAAGCAUUAUCUGAAAGAUGUUCCGUUUUGUAAUCCCGUCCAUGCCGCUACAGAGGGUUUUUUCGGGUUUUGUGACCCUGGCGACAACAGCCAAACGCGGUUCAUUAUGACGACUUCCAUAAAUCACUUUGACUUCAUCCCUGUGGAGGAAACAGAUAAACCAUCUCCCCGUGUGGUGCCCAUUGAGGAGGUACAAAUAGGACAGUGCUAUGAACUGGUUAUAACAACCGCGGUUGCCGUUCGUUACAGACAAGGUGAUGUGGUGAAAAUAGUGGAUUUUCACAACCAGGUUCCAGUAUAUGAGUUCCAAUAUAGACUGGGGCAGAUGUUGAAUCUUUACUGGGAAAAGAUGACCGAGGGGGCCUUUGUCCACGCACUCCGAGGAGCAGCCAAGCGCAUCGAUGUUGACAUAGUUGAAUAUACUGCGACGGAGAACGUCAACUUUGAAGCUAUCGCUGACGCUCUACAAAAAGGACGACACUACGUAUUGUUUAUGGAGUUGUCAGAAAAAGCGAACAAGGAACAAGUGAGAAUGACUUCACAACAGAAACAGAUGUUUGAAGACGUUUUGUACCAAGAACACGAAGUUUACAGGAUGUUGAGAGAUAAUGGAAGUAUUCUCCCCAUGAAAGUUAUCCAAGUGAAGACCGGGGCGUUUAAUGCCUUAAAGGACGCCAUAGUGGAAAGCAACCCUCGUACAAGUCGAUUACAGUACAAGACACCGCGCGUGCUGAGGGCACCUGAUCGUCUGCGCAUUCUGUGGGACUCUCGCCUGUCGUGAUGGCUGGGAUGCAGCCUCUAGUUUAAUUUUCUUAGUAUUGAUCGAGAACACUACUAACUGGUUAAUUGAUUUAUCAAGUGCUUAUUCCAUGUUAUUUCAGCUUUCGUUUAUAUAGCUAUACAGGGGUAUACUUGUUGUUGUUGUUGUUGUUGUUGUUGUUGCUGUAGUUGGGCUGUCGUUUGAUAUAUUAUCAUUAUUACCAUCAUUAUCAUCACUUAUUAGUUAUCAAUUAAUUUUAUACAUUAAUAUCACAUUGAACACAAUAAUUGAACAUACUUAUUUUGAAUUAAAACUAAUAUAAUGAAUAGAUGAUUUAAUAUUGAAACAGUACACAAAUAACCUUAAUUACUACUUUUAUAUCUACAUGUAUGUGAGAAAUUGAUAUGCUGCAUCCUCAGCAACUGUUAUGUCAGAAUGACAAAAGGAGUUAAUAUAAUAAUUUUCCACUCUUUUAAUAAAACGUGCGUGAAUGAAUGGUGGUAGAACGUACAGCAAUGACUUGCCGUCGAGAGAAUCCCUAUUAUAUUUUUAUUGUUUAAAUGCGGCCAAGGACUGCUCUCUGCUUUUCCUUCAAUUCGGGAAAAUUAAAUUUCCCUUACCAUCGAAAACUUAGAAAACCAGCUCGUGUUCCUUUUUUAUCUACAUGUAGGUCUGCUCCUGU